AUGGUACCGGAUUUUUCUCUGCUUCCGUACCGUGUCGUGGACCGCAUUUGCGAGUACCUGUACUGGCAGGGCGUGCGCGACAACGACUUGCACACCUACGCCGGCAUCCCCAUCGGCCAACUUGACCUUCUGCCGGUCAUGCACACCUGCCGCAGCUGGCGCUUUCGCGGCUUGCCGAUAUUCUACGAGGCUGCCGUAGUAGUGGUCGGCGACGGCUCAUCAUCACCCAGCCCCUCAAAGCUCUCCAAGUCAUCGGGCCGCUCGAUCAUGAUCAAAAGCAACAUUGAGCUGACAUUAUUCAGCGGCCGUGCGCCGCAGACAAAGUACCUGGUUCUGUUUUCCAACCGGCACACACACCCCGAGGACUUUCUGAUCGAGCUCGAGAUCACAGAGUUUGCGCAGUACGAGUGGCCCAGUAUCACGACUCUGUUUUUCCACCACCCGCUCAGCGACAGAAGGCUGCUGACGGAGAAGGAGGUCGAUGUGCAGGACGAAACUAUCACUGUAAUCAAUAGCUGUUUGAUCAAUAGUCUGCCGGCGCUGGAGCGGAUCCGCGCCUUGAUCAACAACAAGGAUAGCUACGGGUUGUAUCCGAUCGAUGACCUGGUUACGGCGAAAAAAGACACCCUCCGCGACGUGAUUUUGCUGUCUCGCCUGCCCAUCGCGCUGGGCAUCCAGAUGUUCGCCCAAAACCUGACCCAUCUGACGCUGUACAGCGCAAACAGCAAGUCAGCAUUACGCAUGCCGAGGGCCAUUGCCAGCUCACUGAUCUCGCUGGAGAUCGGGCCAGUUGCGCCUACCGAUAUCUGGGGGCCAUUCGCGGGCUCCGGCAACGACUCCGAGCCCGUCGACUUUUGUUCGCUGCGUAUCCUGAAGCUCAAAUUCACCAAUGCCCACCUGCGGAUGCUGAGCGGCGCGAGCACAAAGGAGGCAAAGAAGGCGACGAAGCGGUUUGCCAGCCCCGGGCCUGACAACGAGGUAGCCAAGGGCAUCUACCCGCUGUUCCCCAAGCUUGAAUUUCUGGCUAUCAUCGCGUAUCCGUACGACAUUGCGCAGUUUCUGGAGAACUUCCCGCGCUCGCAAAUCAAGCACCUCAGGCUCCUGCGCUGCCCGAACCGGAUCUUCAGCAUCAACUGGGCCAACUUCCAGCCUCUGAUCACUUGCAGUAUCGAUGUGCCGCCGCUGCUCAACGACAACUACCAUGACAAGCUCGAAGCCUGGCUGGCCAAGGACAUGCUGAAGCACCACAGGUCUCUGAAGGAGCUGCGGAUUGUAGUUGAGUCUGCAAUGCACAUAUCGCUGCCCCACCACGGCUCGCUGCCGCAGCUGCAAAGCCUGACCCUCGACCUGCGCUUCAAGUUCUCCGACAUGCCAAGCGUGCUCAUGGCCAUGCCGAAACUGCGCUUCCUCACCCUGAUGGUCUACACUGCCAGCAACAAGGCGAAGGACCUGGUUGCCAGCCGCUCCACCAAGCACGCAAUCGUCAAGCACGACGUCAUCAGCAAGUCGCUCGAGCAGCUCACCAUCUACAUCUACGACCUAUCGCCAGGUCGUGCUGAGCGCACAUUGACCAAGACUUCGUGGCUGGUGGCGCGCACACCUGGGAUUAUCAGGCUCCGCACCCAACGCGACUAUGUGCAUGUGAUGCAGAAAUGCAUCCAGGAGACCAUCGAGGACAAGCACGAUGCGCCGCCCAGCGUCCGGCACUUGCAGCACCUGGAGUACCGCGUUGUCAACGAAUAA